GUUGUCAGUGCUAAGCUUGCAACGCCAGACGGCUGCCAGGUGUCCGUAACCAGCGCCAGGAUGUUACACAUACUGUUACCCGCCGUUCUCGGCCAGCAAUAUGUAAGCAUUGCCAUUACCUAACGUGUAAUCGAAAUCGCUGCGACGAUGUGACCUGCGCAAAAGUCUGUGACUCAGAACUUAAGCACGCUUAAACGGAUAACCCACCAAGUGACUGAAUUAUUAUUCACGUUGCCAUGAAUUCUUAGCAAAAAGAUUUUCCGCCAAGCUCCGAAUCAGCGCCCAAGUUUGAGUCAUUGGUGCGAGUGUAGGACAGGACGGUGCGAGACAAGCAAUGAUGCCCCUUUGUUAAUUAAGUAUAUUAUUACCCCUCCAUGCUACCCCUCGCCGAAGAUAGUUGCAUGUCCAUUAUCUCAGCUAUCUAAUAGAUACCUCAAUAUCAGAUAGCAUCAACCUCCUCCCCUUUGCGACAUCAAUUGAUACCCACUCCCUUGCACUACGGCCUGGGUCGAUACGGCUCCAUCUCCGCCAUGCCCUCCCGAGCAGACAUCACCUAUUUUGGUGCCGGCCCGUCGGCUCUUCCCACCGAGGUAAUCGAGGAUGCUGCCCAGGCGCUUAUCAACUACAACGACACCGGUCUGGGCAUCGCCGAGCACUCACAUCGCUCCGACAUAGCUAAGAACAUCAUCAAUAAAACCAAAGCUGACCUCGCCUCCUAUCUGGAUAUCCCAGAUGACUAUGAGAUCCUAUUUAUGUCCGGCGGUGGCUCGGGAGAGUUCGCCGCCGUGGCUUACAACUUUGUCGGUGCUUGGGUUGCACGCAAACAGGCCGAGAUCGGAUCCGGCGACAAUGCAGUACCACAGCUUCAAUCGGCCCUGAAAGACCUCAAAAUGGACUACAUAAUCACCGGCGGAUGGUCACAGAAAGCUGCGGCUGAGGCUGAGCGAUUAUUCGGCGCGGAACAUGUCAACGUUGUGGCAGACAGUCGCAAGGUCAAUAAUGGUAAAUUCGGAGUUAUACCCGAUGAGAGCACUUGGAACCUUUCUCAGGGCGCUGCAUUUGUCUAUUACUGUGAUAAUGAGACCGUCGAUGGCGUCGAGCUGCCUGGGUUCCCCAAGGCCCUCGAGUCGACGGGUGUCAAUGAGCCAAUUGUCGUAGCCGACAUGAGCUCCAAUAUCCUUUCAAGGAAGGUGCCGAUCAAAAAAUUCUCGGCUAUUUUCUUCGGCGCCCAGAAGAACUUGGGUUUGACAGGCAUCACCGUCGUAGUUAUCAAGAAAAGCUUCUUACCACCUGUCACGUCUCAGCCUUCUGCGACUCUGAUGAGACAGCUCGGCUUACCGAUUCCGCCACGCAUUUUCGAGUAUGAGACUGCUGCCAAGAACAACAGCUUGUACAACACAUUGAGCAUUUUCGAUGUAUAUGUCGCGGGCCAGGUUUUGAACAGGCUGCUGCAACAAUAUCCCAACAAAGUCGAAGGACAACAAGCGGUGUCUGAAGAAAAGGCUCAGAUUAUCUACGGAGCUCUAGAGGCCUGCCCUAACAUCUACAAGAUUAUCCCUGAUAAGACAGCGCGGUCACGUAUGAAUAUCUGCUUCAGGAUUGAGGGUGGUGAUGCCGUAGAGGCAGCUUUCUUGAAGGAGGGUACUGCUCUGGGCUUGACUGGGCUGAAAGGUCACCGCAGUCUAGGUGGGAUUCGGGCGAGCAAUUAUAACGCGAUCUCCAUCGGUGGUGCUAAGAAACUCGCCGACUUUAUCGGCGCUUUCGCUAAGAAACAGGGACAGUCAUAAAAGAGUAAUAGAGGGAGCAAGGGCUGUACGCCCAAUAUUAAAUAAUUCCACGACCGCUUAGUGGCACCUAAAUUCAUGCAAUAACUGAC